GAGGGCUUGGGUUGGGGCUUGGGGGGAUACUUCUUCGCUAAUUCUCUUCAUUCCUACUACUUCCUAUUUUCCCAUUUUCCCUCUCUGGGUCUCUCGUCUCUGCCUCUGGAACACUUCGGGACAAAGCGCGCGGGGAAAUAAAGGAAACGAGUCGUAACGAAACGAAAGUCACAGCCGGAGUUUCUGUUCUGUUUCCUCCCCUUUCCCCCUCUCCCUCCGCCCCACCUAUAACCCACCGCCAGUGUCAACAUCGACAACUCCUCCUGGUCUGACCCGAAGAGAGAGAGGAGGAGGGAGAGAGAGAGAGAGAGGAUGCGAUCGUGGUGGUGGUGGUGGAGGAGGUGGAGGGAAGCAGAAUCCGAUGCAGCUGCAGAAGCAAAGGAAAAAGGUCGUUGAUGGCCUUGCAAAUGAGUUGGCAGCCGAGCCUUCUCCUUCACAGACGCAAGAACGCUCCUCCUUUAGGGUUAAAGAAUCUCGGCAACACCUGCUAUCUCAAUAGCGUCCUUCAGUGCUUAACCUACACUCCUCCCCUCGCCAAUUUCUGCCUCAAGAACCAGCACUCCUCUCUCUGCGAUUCGUCGGAGGCGGACAGGAAGCGCGACUGCCCCUUUUGUAUACUCGAGAAGAGGAUUGUCCGGUCACUCAGCAUCGACGUCCCCCUCGAUGCUCCAAGCAAGAUCCAGAGCUGUCUCAGUAUUUUCGCUGAGCAUUUCAGGCUCGGCAGGCAAGAGGACGCCCAUGAGUUCCUCCGAUAUGUCAUCGACGCUUGCCAUAACACCUGUCUCCGUCUCAAGAAGCUUCAACAGAAGCAGCAGCAGUUCCGCAAGGGGACUGAAUCUUGCAAUGGUGGUUCCGGGGGAAGUGGAGAGACGAUUGUUAAAGAGAUAUUUGGCGGUGCUUUGCAGAGCCAGGUGAAGUGCCUUAGUUGUGGAAAUGAAUCGAAUAAGAUUGACGAUAUCAUGGAUAUUAGUCUCGACUUGUCCCAGAGCAAUUCGCUCAAGGAAGCUAUGCAACGGUUCUUCCAGCCGGAGAUAUUGGAUGGUAGCAAUAAGUACAAGUGUGACAAGUGUAAAAAAUUGGUAACAGCCAGAAAGCAAAUGUCUAUUCUUAAAGCGCCUAACAUCCUUGUGAUUCAACUCAAGAGGUUUGAAGGCAUACAUGGUGGCAAAAUUGACCGAGCCAUCGCCUUUGAGGAGGUUUUGGUUCUUUCAAGUUACAUGUGCAAAGGAAGUCAGGAUCUACAACCAGAGUAUAACCUUUUUGGCACUAUUGUGCAUUCAGGAUAUUCACCCGAGUCUGGUCACUAUUAUGCCUACAUCAAGGAUGCAAUGGGCAGGUGGUAUUGCUGCAAUGAUUCUCAUGUAUCAGUUUCAACCCUGCAGGAGGUUUUGUCUGAAAAGGUUUAUAUUCUAUUCUUUGCUCGUGCUAAUCAAAGAACAAGGCCAUCCAAAACUGCCCCUACUUCCAAUGGAGUAAAAUCUCCUAAUUGCAGUACAGUGCCAAGCCCAAAGACAUCUCUUCCUUUGACAACAGUACCGUCAAAACCAUCAGCUGUACGUUCUUUUGAUAAGGAUGCCUCUACUGUGUCUAAGAUUGGUAAAGUGCCUCCAAACCCACGGGUUAGUUUCAACAUCUCAAGAAAUCCUGAUCCAAAACGAGCUUAUGCUAAUGGAAAUGGACACCUAGAUGCUCAUAAGAAUGGAACUGCAGACAAGCAUGAGAAUUUGAAGGAAUCAUUUGGUACAGAUAAAAGAAAGAAAGAGGUUCUGCCUACUAAUGGGACUGGUUCUAGUGAGAAUGUAUCCGCUCAUAGUGAAAAUGGGACAUUAAUACUGCCAAAUGGGAAUGGUGAAGUCCAGCAUAUUGGUGUUAACUCAGUAAAAGUAGAAGUAUCUGAGGACAAUGGUAUUCAAAAGACAGCAGCAGCAACUGGAAGUGCACCUGACCGUAACCAUACAUUUCACAAUGAAGGUGACAAACACCCUUCUAAUAUCUUGGGGUUGAAGAGAAAGUCACUGGAGAUUUGUCCUCUGCUUGCACAUGAUGCAUCAUCUCAGAUUAAGCUUGAAAAAUUUAAAGAAGUGCUUGCAGAGAAUGCACGUUCAGGUUUGCAAUCAUGUGGUUGGUACAGCAAAGUUCACAAUUACAUGAUUGCCAAAAAGAAACAAUGUACACGAGAAGUAGGCAACACUUCUAGUAACAUUCAGAUAAAGGAAAGAUUGAUUUCAGAUGCCAAAUCAGUCUUUAUCCCACAAAUUCCUGAGUCAUUGAAAGAGCACCUUGUUGAAAGCCUCAGAUCAUUUAGCCAAGGAAAAUAGUUUUUGGAUGUUUGAACCACUGACAUGGCUCAGUAUUGCCAUCAUAGCUGGUGUAUAGUCUGUAUUACUGAUGGUGGAUAUCUCUCAAUGACCUUGACUUCUUGUGUGAAUGUCAACUGUGUAACUGAGAAAAUUUAGGUCCAAAUUGGCAAUCUGAAUUAGGUCCUCAUCAAGAUUGGUUUCUUCUCCAUCCAGGCUGUACAUCUAGGAUUUGGCAGAGUGAGUGCAGAGUUGUAUUCGUUGUGUAUGAUAUCCUUUUUUGACAGCAUUUUUACCCAAUCAUCAUUCUAUGGACACCUACAAUUUUUCCAUCAAAUAUGUUCGGAUGUAGUAUCACAAGGAUAUGUUUCAUAAUUGAGUUUAUCACUGAGUUAGAUGGCACUUCCUUUCCUCAUUUGGUCUCCUGGGACGCAUUUCACUUUUUCUCUGGAAGAGUUGAUUUAUCUUGACGAUCCAUGACUUGUGACUGGCAAGUACUAUUAUAUGCAUUUAACACUGUUUUCAUUUUCUAUGCUGUUAGGAUAACCAAGUAUUCUCUUGAUUCUGAAAUUAUAGUUGUGCUCUGGCUGAAAAGAUAUCAACAAUAAUGCGCUUGGGUCCUUAUUUUAAGGUUUUAAUGAGAUUAAAUUUCUUUCUCAUUGUCACCUUUUGUAGUCUUACUUGUGGGUUCAGAACCUGACCCAUAUCUUAUGUUUGAUGAUUUGAAUCGGAAACUAAAUAGAUCCUUGGUUUAUCUUUUUUCCACAUUUGACAA